AUGUGGACUUAUCUUGCCUUUUUAGCUAUUAUCUACGUUAUAUACGCAUUGAAGAAUUACGUCAGAAUCCUCAGAUUUAUCUUCACCCUCGAUGGACCGAAGACAGUGCCCAUUCUUGGCAAUGUUAAUGCCAUUCUCGAAGGAAAUUUGAUUCAAAGGAUGACAAACGAGAUACAGGAUUACGGUCGUAUUUUCCGGCUCUGGGUGACGUUUCUGCCAUACAUUAUGAUCGUCGAGCCGGAGGACAUCCAAGUAGUACUUAACAACGUGAAGCACACACAGAAAAUAUUCUUUUACAAGCUGUUCGAUAAUUUUUUGGGCAAGGGUCUGAUUACGCAAAACGUCGAGCAAUGGAAAGUACAUCGAAGGCUUUUACAACCAGCCUUUCAUCGUCACGUGCUCGAGAAAUUCGUCGGAAUAUUCAGCGAGUAUGCCGAUCGCCUAGUCGACAAGUUACUUGAGAAGAAUGGGAAAGAUAUAAAUAUCACCGUAUUUAUCAAUAAUUCGGUUUACGACAUAUUGCACGAGACGGUUCUAGGUACGCCGACAAAUCAAAGAAGAAACGAUGACGAUCCAUUCAGAAAGGGCCAAGUUAUGAUGGUAUAUAGACUUGCACGACCGUGGUUGCUAAUCGACUGGAUUUACCAAUUGACAGCAGCUGGAAAAUCAGAGGAACAACAGCGGAGAAACAUAUUCAAUUUUUGUCUUAGAAAAAUGAAGGAGAAACGUGAAUUUUUGAAAAAAAAUGAUUCUCUUAUCGCCGAUGACAGCACGAUUAGAAGAACAUCUCUACUUGAGUAUAUGGUUGAGAUUAAUGAAAGGAAUCCCGAAUUUACUGAGCGGGAUAUCAUCGAGGAAUGUUGCACUUUUAUGCUAGCCGGCCAAGAUUCGGUCGGCACUGCCACCGCGAUUACGCUUUUCCUUCUGGCGAAUAAUUCGAAAUGGCAGGAGAGAUGUGUCGCGGAAUUGCAUGAGAUUUUUAGCGAUGAUGACAAAAGAUCGCCAACUAUGCAGGAUCUUAAGAGGAUGAAAUGUUUAGACAUGUGUAUUAAGGAAUCCUUGAGGUUGUAUCCUAGCGUGCCACUUGUCGCUAGAACACUCGGAGAGGAUGUAAAACUAGGAAAAUAUAUAAUACCAGCCGGUUGUGGCGUAUUUAUAUCGCCAUACUGCACGCAUCGUUUAUCUCAUCAUUUUCCUGAUCCUCACGAUUUCAAACCGGAACGUUUUAACUCUGAAAACUCUGAGGGAAGGCAUCCAUAUGCCUAUAUACCAUUUAGCGCAGGACCUCGUAAUUGUAUCGGAUACAAAUUUGCCAUACUUGAAAUAAAAUCAAUCAUCAGUGCUAUUUUGAGAAAAUGCCGAUUAGAGCCGACCCUUGGCAAGGAGAAAGUGAUAGCCAAAUUUCGAGUAACGGUCAGAGCACAGGGUGGACUUUGGGUCAAAGUAAGAGCGCGCGAUGAACAAUACGAAUCGGGACAAUUGGAUUAAUGAUUCCAUUUCCAACUUUGCAAACUAUAAACUAUUAUAAAGUAAUUAACGGUGGUAUCUUGAAGAUAAUUUAAUGGAAAAACGAAAAGCUAUAACUAUGUCAUUUCAAUAACAUUAAAGAAAAAUGACAUUUAGUCAAAAUAUUUAGCGUUUUUAGAAAGCAAUACUUUAU